AUGGCAUACCAAAUACAUCGUAAUUCAAUGGAACAUUUAGAACUUUAUGAUUUAGAUAAAUUAGCAAUCUUAUCAGCAGCAAAUAAUCAAUUGUCUCCACCUAUACCAGCACCUCGUAAACAUCGACGUCAUUUACCAUCAACAAGUUCUACUUUCGAACGUUAUCAAUUUUUAUGCGAUAUGACACGUCAUAAAAUAGAUCCUAUUUAUGCUGCUACACCAAUAUUCACAACAAUACCCCAGUCAAUACAUGUAAACCACCGUCGACGAUUACUUGGCUGUCGUAUACCUGCAGAAAUCAUUAAACCAUUACCAAAUAAUUCACCUAAUUCAUCAAAAUCAAAAAAUGCUGAAACAAAUAAUGAUUCAGAAGAAGAGAAAGAAGAAAAAGAAAAAGACGAAGAAGACGAAGAAAAACGUAGUGAUGAAGAUAAUGAUCUAAGUGUACGUGAUGAUGACGAUGAUGAUGAUGAUGGUGGUGGCGAGGAUAUGAAUCAAUCCAAUGGUAGUAGUAGUAGUAGUAGCAAUAAUGAUGAUAAUGAUGAUGACGAUAUUCUCAAUGAUGAUGAUGAUAAUAAAGGAAUCGUAGAACAAAUAUUCAAUCGAGAUAAAAAUACAGAAAAAUCAAGUGACGCUGCUACAUCAGCGUCGUCUUCAUCAUCAUCAACAACAACAACUCCAGUAUAUACUACAAAAGGAAGAAAUUGUACAACAGUUCCAGAACCGCCCAAAUGUCGUCUUGAUAUUGAAGAUUUAUUUUCUAAUCCAUCUGAUCCAACUGAUAAGCCUAAUUUAGAAAAACUUAAACAACAUAUUCUACUUGAAGGUCGUCUUACUGACGAAGCUGCACUACGAAUUAUCGAAACCGGUGCUAAUAUUCUUCGUGAAGAACCAACAUUGUUAACUAUUGAAGCGCCAUUAACAAUCUGUGGUGAUAUUCAUGGACAAUUAUAUGAUUUAGUUAAAUUAUUUGAAGUUGGGGGUUCUCCAGCUGAUACUCGUUAUUUAUUUCUUGGUGAUUAUGUUGAUCGAGGUUAUUUUGGAAUAGAAUGUGUACUUUAUUUAUGGUCAUUAAAAAUUCAUUAUCCUAAAACUUUUUUUUUACUCAGAGGCAAUCAUGAAUGCCGACAUUUAACUGAUUAUUUUACUUUCAAACAAGAAUGUCUAAUUAAAUACACAGAAACUAUUUAUGAUGGUUGUAUGGAAGCAUUUGAUUGCCUUCCAUUAGCUGCUGUUAUGAAUAAUCAAUUUUUAUGUGUACAUGGUGGACUUUCACCAGAAAUUCAUACAUUAGAUGAUAUUAAACAAUUGGAUCGAUUUCAUGAACCACCAGCUCAUGGACCGAUGUGUGAUCUAUUAUGGGCUGAUCCAGCUGAAGAUUAUGGAAAUGAAAAAGGAUCAUUAACAUUAGUUGCUACACGUCGUAUGAGUGCUCCAACAAAAACAGCAACUACAUCUCAUAGUUCAUCAUCUUUAUUUCUUCCUAAUGCAACGCGUGGUUGUUCUUAUUUUUAUACUUAUGCUGCUAUAAAUGAAUUUUUAAUACGUAAUCAGAUACUUUCAGUAAUACGUGCUCAUGAAGCACAAGAUAUUGGUUAUCGUAUGUAUAAAAACUCACCUGAUACUGGUUUUCCAUCAUUGAUAACAAUGUUCUCAGCACCAAAUUACUGUGAUGUUUAUCAAAAUAAAGCAGCUAUUAUGAAAUAUGAAAAUAAUGUUGUUAAUAUUCGACAAUUUAAUUGUUCACCACAUCCAUAUUGGUUACCAAAUUUUAUGAAUGUAUUUUCAUGGUCAUUACCAUUUGUUGGUGAAAAAAUAAAUGAUGUUCUUUUAAAAAUUCUUAAUAUAUGUACAGAUGAAGAAUUAGCUGAAUAUGAUGAACAUAUCGAAUCAUUAGUUGAACGUAAUCAAAUUGAACAACGUAAAGAACAAAUACGUUCAAAAAUACGUGCCGUUGGUAAAGUUGCUAAUACAUAUAAAACAUUACGUGAAUUAAGUGAAAAUGUUAUUACAUUACGUGGUUUAACACCAUCAAAUAGUAUGGCAGAAUUAGAUAAAGAAGUAACAAAUGAUGCUGAAGUUGCAGCUGCAGUACUUCGUGAAAAAGCAUCAUCAACAAAAGAACGUUUUUCACAAGUUAAAAUACUUGAUCAAGCGAAUGAACGUAUGCCACCACCUAAAAAUACAAAUCCAUUAAGUGGUCCAAGUGUUGCUGAACGUAUUAAACGUGCAUCAAAUAUUAAUCAAGCAUCACAAACAAGUAAAAAAGAAGCCAUAGCAAACGUAUUAACUGGUGCAGCAACAGCAGGAAUUGUUAAAAUGAGACGUGAAAGUUAUGCUGGUGUACCAACUACAGUACUUCGACGUUCACCAACACCAGUUGUCGAUUUACCAACACUUGUUGAUACAAAAUCAACGACAUCAUCGAAAAACUAA